UGAAGAUCUGCUGACUCUGCCUGCCUGCUGAAUUUUGGCCUGAAUGCCUGCCACAUAUUACAGAAGAAAGAGAAGAACAAUCAAUAGAGGAGAACAUUCCUUUGUCACCCUCUGGAUUAGGAACAAAUAUGAAGACUCAGAUUGUAAAUGACAGAUCAAUCACUCCUGGAAUUGGAAAAAUACAGAAAAACAUGGAAAAAUCCUUUGAAGAUCUGAAAGUAGAUUCUUCAACAAUUGAGAUGCAAUACCAGGAUUCUAGUGAGGCAGAAAUUACGGAUCCAAACUCAUUUCUGGAAUAUUCAGAAGGCAUUGGGAAGUGUGAAAAAAAUAGAGAAAGUCUUGCCAUGAGCCCUACCAAACUGCUGGGAAGAGUCAGCUUUGAUCAGCAUAAUCUCUUAUCUCCUGAUCAGUGGAAAAUAGGAAAACAUCUUGGAAAAUGCUUGCAAUUAGAAAGGAAGGUUAUGUUCCCAGAUGAUAAAAGUACAAAUUGUUUUAUUUCCAAUGGUGUUGUAAAAUGUCAGCGUAAUAAAUAUGAACCAAGGCCAGAAAGCCGAAAAGAAAGUAACUCUGAUUAUGAUGAUGAAGAGAUGGUAAGUGAAAAGGAAUCUGAACUACCAUUUAAUUGGUCCAAAUAUUCACAGCAGUGGCAUGGACAACUAAGUGAAGUUAAGGCAAAAGUGAAUGAAAAAAAUGACUCUUCUUCUUCUUCUGGUUCCAAAGAACAUUCUAGCAUGUUUUUCAGUGGAUCAACCAUUUCUAAGAUUCCGAUAUGGCUUAUGGAAGGUUUAGAUGAUGAUGUAUCACAGGUAGCAGGAAAGUCAAGGAAUUCUCUAGAUGUUUCUGACUUUCAGAACACAGAAUUGAAACAGCCAGAGAAUCAUAGUUCCAAAUUCAAGAUUAUUCAAUGUACACAAAGGAUUGGGCAGUGCAAAAAUAAAUGUAAUGUUGAAGCAGAUGAAUGUUCAGACCCCAAAUUAGGAAGGAACCCUGAGUUUAAGAAGAUCAAUGAUCAAAUAAAAAAUGUUACAAUUGAACCAGAGAAAAAUCAAGAGAUGACACCUGUUAAAUCACAAAUGAAGCACCACAACAGUGCAAACACUGGAAAGAGAUUGAAUGGAAAAUCCUCAUCAAAUGAUUCAUUCUGCAUAUCUACUGACAACAAUUUGCCUUGUACUUCCUAUCUCACAAGGUAUGGGCUCCAUAGAGCAUCCAGCAGAAACAAGGAUGCGGAAUUCUCUGAUGCCGAUUAUGCCACAGAUGAGCCCAGUGAAGCUGAAGAUUAUGUUUUAAAAACCUAUGGAAAAUCUUUUCCCAAGAAACUCUGUGCUCAGGAACCCAUGAGCCAAAAGGAAACCCCACAGACCCCAAGCAGCAGCAGUAGUAGCAGCAAUGAAUCCAGUCUCAGAGAUGGCUGCUUGAAAUAUGAAAAGCCUUUCUCUUCCCAUCUGGCAUCUCCUUUUCAUCCCCUGGAAGCCACAAGAAAUCAACGAGAGCCUGAAAUACUGAUCAAGAGUAUUGCAAGCAAUUAUGGUGGAGAACUAAGUUGGAAAGCUCCUUCUCUGAGAAAUGACCUUGUGGCUCGCCUCUUCCCUGUUUUCAAGAGCAAAGCAAAUCCAGAACAUAGGAAAGGCACUCAAGAGCAAGCUCCAAAGAAGCAGAUGGGCAAGACAGAAGAACACAAAUGGGAGGAUCCUGUCAGCCACAGAGAAACCUCUCUGUUAGCUCAAAUGAAAGACGAGCAAGCAAAAGCAAUGGAUUUUCUCAGAAAACAAAUUAUCCAGUAUGAUGCUGUCCAGGCUCAGUCAUCACAUCUCCUGGACGAAUGUAAGAGUCAAGUAACUUUGAAACUUGACAGAGAAAAACCAGAAUGUCAGAUGCCUGUGCCAGCUAUUAAAAAAGAGGAAGAGUCUGAACAAAUAAGAGAAAAAUGAUUACAACAAAGCAGCAAAUGUUGCAUCUCUUUCUGAUUCAUUACCCAUAAAGAGUGGUCUGAAUUCUUUG